AUGUCAGAGUAUGUACCGAUAGAAAUUCAGGCGGAAAUCUUGAAAAGGCUUCCUUUAAAGCCGUUAAUCCAAUUCCGAUCUGUAUCAAAAUCAUAUAAGUGUUUGAUCGACAGCCCCAAUUUCGUUGAUUCUUACAGUGUUGGUCAUCCUCAGCCCCCCGGUGAUCGUUUCAUUCUAAGGUACGUAAAUUAUGACCCUAAAUAUCUAACUUUGGUCGAUAAUGAUGAUCAUAGUUUUGCUCAACAACAACUUAUUCCCGUUUUUCCUGACCCCUUUUACACACUUAGUGUCGUUGGUGGCUCUCAUGGUUUGUUGUGCUUUUACGGUUAUUACGAAUAUCGAUACCAUAUGUUCCUUCUUUGGAAUCCUGCGAUACGGAAAUCCGUUGGUAUUCAAGUGCCAGUUAUGUAUGAUGAAAAAGUUGGGAAUAUUGGAUUUGAUGAUGUUGUUGGUUUUGGGGUUUGUCCUGUCACUUUUGAUCCUACUAUUAUCAAGAUUAGAUGUGUUAAUUAUAAGCAGAAAAUGAAAGAUAUGCCUGACAUUAGCGUUCCUUGGAAAGUUCGAGUUUUUACUUUGAGUACUGGGACUUGGAGUAUUCUAUCUACCGAUCUGCCCCGUGAAGCUAUUAGACUUAGUGGGUCUCAGGUUGUUAUCGAUAGGUUUAUUUAUUGGCUUGCUUAUGAUUAUAUGCUUGAGAUGAAGAUGGUCGAUCUCAAUCACAUUCUCUGA